GAACUUCAUCCGAUGAAACAAAAGUGGACAUAUUGGUACUUAAACAAUGAUUCCCAAGCAAGAUGGGAAGAUCGUCUCAAGCCUGUUUACACUUUUUCAACUGUUGAGGAGUUUUGGGCGUCACUGAUGCAGGUAAAGAAUGGAAGUCCUGGUGAUGUUUUGGACUCGAUUUGGUUGGAACUUCUCCUUGCUAUGACUGGAGAACAGUUUGGGGAUGAUUCGGAUCUUAUCUGUGGUCUUGUCUGUAAUGUUCGCGAAAAGGGUAGCAAGAUAAAAAUGUGGACUAAGGAUUGGAAAGAAGAGGAAGGAAAUAUGCGAAUAGGUUUCAAGAACCAUAACAAGACCACCCAAAUGAAUUACGAUUAA